UUACUCACCUUUGGAAUAACAUUGUAACAGCGUGUCAACAUUUUCAACGCACCUGAAAGCGCAAGUAAACAAAACGGGAAAUCGGUGAAAUAGAGUCAAAGUUUUCUAAUUUUACGUCUGAUUGCAAAAUUCAUUACUAUUUAAUCAAAAGUAAAAACAUAAAAAAAUCCAAGAAACCAACGUCUUCAUGACUAAUAAUUUGUGCCGAAUAUGCACGGAAUCGGGACGAUUCUUGUUCUCGCUGUUCGAAACGAAGAGCACUGCGAAUUUUGUCGAGCUUAUUCAUCAUAUUACAGGAGUUGAGAUAAAAUCAGAUGAUCACCUGCCGAAAUCAAUCUGCAGUGGUUGUUUCAAUGAUGUGGAGACUACACAAUCUCUCAUUGAGCGAUGCAGAAAAUCGGAUAAUAUUUUAAAAAAUAAGUUUCUGCAGAAUGAUAAUGCGGUAUCUACCGAAAAUGUUGACAAAAACGAAGAAACCAGUGAACCGCAGACCGUUCAAUUAAUAGAUGUUUUCGAAACUGAGCCCUAUGGCUCGGAAUUAAUUUCAACAGAAAUUUUCAAUAUCGACGAUAUAAUUGAGGAAUCUGAGGUUGAUGCUUUUGAAAUAGACACCGAAUCCCUAAGAAAUGAACAACCGUUAACUGACACGGAAAUGACGUAUUUGAGCGAGCAGAUAAUUACCGAUCAGACUUCUGAGCUUAAUAAUGUCGAAGUAGACAGGUAUCCGGGUGAAAACGACGAGCAAUCCGUUAGUGACAUUGAACCGACUUGUUUAAACGACUUGAUUAUUGCCGAUCCCACUGCUCAAGUUGCAGAAGAUCAAGAACCCAAUUACACACAAUGUUGCGGUUGUGUCGAACACUUUUCCUGCUAUGAAGAGUUGCAAGAACAUUCCAAACUCUUCCAUCAAGAAGACAAAGCAAUAUGUGGUCCAGUGCCGGAUAAUCUCAUUGAAUGUACCAUUUGCUACAAAAUGUUCUCUGCUAUUUCCUAUUUGGAUGCUAUGCACAGAUUGAACGCUUUCAAAAAUCGAAUCGUUUCUGUAGGCUUUCCGGAAGUGAUACAAUGCUGUUCAUGCGAUUUCAAAGCCACAAGCAAAGAAGAUAUGUUGCAACAUUCAGAGCUGCAUUUAGGACAACGUAUUCCAGAUGAUCCUUCAAAACCUUUCGAAUGUCAAUUCUGCUACAAACGAUACAAGGAGAAACAAUCGUUCAGUUUCCACCAGAAAUUCAGCUACAGUUAUAAAAAACAAUUGAUUGCGAAAAGGCGAGGAUAUAGAGCAGUCAAAAGGCGAACUGAAAUUGAAAGUCAAGAUAACAGCAGAAAAUGCUGCGGUUGUUCAGCGGAAUUUCGUUCUUUAGAUUCACUUAAACAACAUUCCCGAAUGCAUCAUGAGUUGUACCGUAAAAAAUCUGAUACCACUAAUCCUUUUGAAUGUGAAAUUUGUUUCAAGCAAUUUCCAACUCUAGUCAGACUAGAACAGCAUCGAUUGGUACCGUACAUUCGAAAGCACAAAUGUGAGCACUGCAAUAAAACCUUUCUCACAUUGAAUCUUCUUCAAAAACAUAUGCGAUAUCAUGAGACAACUGAAAAGGAACCAUCAAGCCGAAAGAAAGAUUCCUAUGAAAAAUUUGUUCAGUGUGAUAAAUGUGGUAAAACUUUCAAAAACAAGUUCCUUCUGAAAGCACAUCAGAAGUCGAAUCAUUCACAUGACAAACCGUUUAGUUGUAGUUUAUGUUCAAAACCAUUCAAGAGGAAAGACACCCUGCAGAACCAUCUGCGGGUACAUACUAAAGAGCAACCAUAUACGUGCAAGCAUUGUCCACGAAGUUUUGCCCAAUUGAUCGAUAAAAACCGCCACGAAAACAGUCACAAUCUUGAAUACCCGCUACGGUGUUCGGUAUGCGACAAAGGCUUUCCCAUCGGAAGGCGCCAAAACCUGGAGCGGCACGAAAAACAGCAUGAGACGGGUGAAGAAUUUACCUGUUAGUUAUGUGAUAAAACGUUCACCAGAGUGAAUCAUCGUAACCACCAUCAAGCCCGUCACGUUGCAAUACGAAAAAAGUAUGAAAAGUAAGUUUGAGAACAUUGACCAGAACUAGACGUAGCAACAUACUCUGUAUAUUUAUAAUUGAAUACUAACAGAAAUAAAAUAUUCUCGAUUACCAUUUCCGAAAA